AUGAACAGCCUGCUCUUACUCUCACAGCCAUUAUCGAAAUUUUGGAGGUCUCAAAGUAUACGCUAUGUGCGUUGGAAUUCUUCUUCAAAGGCUCGAUGGUUGGGCAGACAACGAUCGGAUUCCUUCACAAGGGAAGCUAAAGUACUUGGAUUGAGAUCAAGAGCAGCUUUUAAGCUCCAGCAAAUCGAUGACAAAGUUCAACUGUUCAAAAAAAACGCUAGUCAAAGGGUGCUGGACCUAGGAUACGCACCUGGAGCAUGGUCUCAAGUAGCAUUGGAAAGAACAGGUUCUACAGGUGUUAUACUCGGGGUAGACAUUUUACCAUGUUCACCACCUCGGGGAGUGAGUUCGAUACAGGCAAAUGUAUUAGCCAGAAAGACACAUGAGCUCAUAAGGCUCUUUUUCUCUAAACAUUUUCAACUGUAUCAGGAAGAUCAACUGCAUAAAGACCAUGGCUAUUUCCAGCAUAUGCUUGAGGAGGAACUGAUGUUUCUCAAGCAACAAAACGCGAUAAACUCCGAUGGAUCUGUCAUAGAAGACACGCCCAUUGACGUGAUUAUAAGUGACAUGUAUGAACCCUGGCCUCAAACAGAAGGAUUCUGGAACAAUUUUACUAAUUCAGCUUACGACAGGAUGGCCAAUACUACUGGAAUUGCCAUAAAAGAUCACUCUAUGUCGAUGGAUUUAUGUGACGCUGCGCUGGUCGCAGCCAUUGAUUUGCUCAAGCCGGGUGGUUCAUUCGUCUGCAAAUUAUACACUGGGAAAGAGGAUCAAUUACUAGAAAACAGACUGAAGCAGGUUUUUAGGGAUGUGCAAAGAUUCAAGCCUUCUGCCUCACGGAACGAGUCAAAAGAACUUUACUUCAUUGGUUUAGGGAAAAAAAAAAACGUAAAUAAGCUCGACGUAUUUCUCAACUAA